GCAUGAAAAGCGGAAAUCCAUUAAAUACACUUUUAAAUGUUGGAUUUGCUACAGUUAACUUUUCUAAAAAUGGCAAACCACACUCUCAGAAAUUCAUUAAACAGCUGGUAAAGCCUGCCGUAAUGGCAUUUUUUUAUUCAAAGGAGGAGGAGGCGGAGGCAGAAGCCACUCCUUAGCUAGAGAACCCGUAGCUGGAUUACACACAACACCAACUAACAAACACACAACAUCUUUGUGGUAACAGCAAAGCAAGAUGGCGAAAGCGUAUGAUUAUCUCUUUAAACUGUUGCUUAUCGGGGACAGUGGUGUUGGGAAAACUUGCCUUAUAAUUCGUUUCGCUGAGGACAACUUCAACAGUACUUAUAUUUCCACCAUUGGUAUUGAUUUCAAAAUAAGAACAGUAGAAAUUGACGGUAAGAAAAUCAAGCUGCAAGUAUGGGACACUGCAGGCCAGGAAAGGUUUAAGACUAUUACAACAGCUUAUUACAGAGGGGCUAUGGGCAUAAUUCUUGUUUAUGACAUCACAGAUGAAAAAUCAUUUGAAAAUAUCCAGAACUGGAUAAAAAGCAUUAGAGAGAAUGCUGCGGCAGAUGUGGAACGGAUGCUCCUAGGAAACAAGUGUGAUAUUGAGUCCAGAAGGAAGGUGCAGAAAGAGCAAGCUGAGAAGUUAGCAAAGGAGCAUGGCAUUAAAUUCUUUGAGACCAGUGCAAAAUCUAGCAUAAAUGUUGAUGAGUCUUUCUGUGCACUUGCUCGAGACAUCUUUAUCAAAAGAGUUAUAACCAAGAAGACAGGUCAAGGAAACAAGCCCCAAGUAUCAUUAAACAGUCCUCAGCAGCAGAAGAGCUCCAGUAAAUGUUCUCUUAUUUAGUGACUUGAACGACCAAGACCCAAGCAGUGGUCCGCCAUCAGAACUGUUUUCAACCAGACUGAAGCCUUCAGCACUGAGCAUACCAGACACUUAAGUUUUUUUUCUUUUUUUUUUUUUUUAAAUUUAGUGACCAAGGCAACACACACAUUUUAAUCCAGAGUCAGUUCCGACAAGUUUUAUGAAUUAGACUAGUGUUUAGACAGUUUUUGUCAUGUGUAAGGAACCUAGAACUGCAAUUUUUUUAAAGCUUAGAAGACUUGUCAAAAGUGUUUGCCUUUUCAUGUGACAGAGAACUUUAGCUGUUAAUUGUUUCACAUCUUUCCUAAGAAAAGACAGAAAAUAACACUACCAUCAAGAUUUGCCUUUGUUGGGGUAAAAAUAGAGUCAUGAGAUGGAUUUGUCACUGUUAUAGCAACUUGAUUAGCUAACUCACAGUCCCACAGAAGAGGAAUUUAGAUAUUCAAAAUUUACAAAAAACAUGUUUUAUCAGUUUCUGCAAAUCUAAGGUGCCUGGUUUACAGGGACAUCCCUAAUUUUGGCUUAUAAUUUUUCAGCACUUCUCCUAUAGUGAGUGAUACUUUGAGAAAAAGUAAUGAAUUAUAUCCAACAAAUGUUCAUUACAGUUACAGACUUCUUUUACUUUAGAAAUUGAAUGCUAAUUUUCUCAACUUCCUAAAUCGGUGGUCCUAAUAUUUAAAAUGUGUCCCUGAUUUCUUCCUCAGUAUUUUUGUCUUAUUCCUUUACUAUAAUACUGAUACUGAUUUUUUUUUGAAAAGUAUACAUCUGAGCUGCAGAAAGCAAUUUUUCAUAAUGUUUAAUCUUGAUUACUGAACGUAUACACAGAAGAUGUUGUUCAAGGAGCAUUGUAACAAAGACAAAUCUGAAUUUUUUUUCAGUAUGUAACCCAGUAAUUCCAUGCCUUUAUAUCUCAGAAUUUUUUGCAUAACUAAGCAUACUAUUACAGAUGAGAAAAUAUUGCCUUGGCUUAGCAGAUGUUCACUACAAGUGAACCACAGAAUAAAUCUAGGUUUUUAGCCUGGUGAUCCUCUCAGGUAUACCUCAAAACCCCCAGUCCUUAAUUCUAUGUUGGGUAUAUCAUUUGACCUCUGAGCAGUUCUGUAACACUGUUUCCGAAAAUGACUUCAAUUUUUGGAGGAAGGGUCAGAUUUUUCAUUGCAACAGAAAUUAGUACUGUCAGUUGAUGGUGCAAUAAAAUUGAAAAACACCAGUAAAAUAAUGAUGUUCUACUUACUGGUUUCACAGAUGUAAUCUAUUCCUCUUCACUGAAUUGUUAAUGGGAUGCAGGAAAACAGUGAAAUAUUUAAUUGGUUCAUAGCUCCUUUUACCAACCUUAUGGCUAAAAGCCAUCAUCAAGAAGUUCAGCCACAUCACCCAGUACUGGUGGGAAACUACCUGUACCCUCUGUUAACUAAACUUUCUCUAUAUAUUCCUGGUGAACAUUUGCAAUCAGUCAUCCAGAAUGAUUUUUAAGGUUGCUAGGGAAGUACUCUGCUUGAGAGGAAAGGGCAGCCUACUCCACAAAUAGGGUAAAUACUGGGUUAGAUAUCUGUCACACCCAUAUGGUCUUGUGAAUGUCUCUAGAAUGGGUGUUUGCAUUACCAAUUUUUUUUUUGUUUAGGUGAAGGAGUUCAGAGAGUGUUGGGUCAUUAGUAGCACAGAAAGCUAUGCAAGAGAUCACCCUUUUAUUAGUCUGUACAAGACAUAGCUUUUAGUCCAUUACAGUAACAAAGGGUAUUGAGAUCCGAGAUCUUUUCGGCAAGGAAAUGCUGAGUUCUCUCAAGGUGGUUUGCAUGCCUGAUGUGAUACAUGCUGAAGGGUGCAUUAUAUUCAGGGAUAGGCCUAAUAUGGGAUGAAUAAAAUGGGACUCUUAUCUUCUUUGGACCUUGAGGAGGUCCCAGAAAGUAUAAGCUGUGCAAAGUGGAAGGAUUUUGUAACUACCACAGAGACAUUGGGGUCAAAGGAGUCGGUUAUUAACAAAUGCAGCCAAGUCCCUGCUGACUGUGUCAAGUCUAAGUAUACUGUUAUAUAUAUGGUAAGCAAGUGUGAUGCUAUAUUUGCAAAGGGAAACUAUCCUUAAUUUCUUGAUGUUAAGAGUAAUCCCAUGAUUAACUCACCAAGCCUUUGCAGGAGAAACUGAGUAUAAGACUGGGAUUUGAUAACCACCCCCAGUUUGCAAUCAUCAGCAAACUUGGUUGGUCAGUGUCCCUUGAUAUCAUAUUUUAUGUCAGAGAAGUAUAUACCAAAGGGGGGGCAGGACAGAGCCUUGUGGGAUAUAACUAGUGACAUUUCUCUGUCUAGAGCAAAUGCCCCUGACUUUAAUGAUGUGGGUUUGGACAGACGGCCAAUUACCAAUCUAGUAACCAAUUUAUGGGUUUAUAUUGAGUUGGGAGAGUUUGUCAGUAACCCCAGAAUGAGCUAUAGUCUCAAAGGCCUUGGCAAGGUCUAGACAAGCAUUGUGGACUGUAUGUCCCUUAUCCAUGGCCUCAGUAACCUAACCCUUUCAAAGAACUCAUACAGGUUGGGCAGGCCUUUUACAAAUCCAAACUGAUAUGUAUCCUGGGAUGCAAGGUCCCCUAUGUCCUUGUUUAUUUGUUCAGCUAUAAUGCAUUCCAAAGCCUUGCAAAUAAUUCUAGUGAGAUUAAUAGGCCAGUAGUUUCCAGGAUCAGUAGGAAGACUACCUUUAUGGAAGGGUACCACAACAGCCGUUCUGCAAUCCUUGUGGACAGAACCAGUGGUGGGACUCUGGUUAAAGAGUUGAUAAUGGAGUUUUGCUAAGUGGAACUUUACACUUCUUUGCAAGCAUCUUGGGAUGUUGCAAGACCCAUGGAAGUAGUGUUUUUAAUUUUGGAAUGUGCCAAAAGAAACUGGUCUAAAUUGAUCUUGGGACAGGGUAUUUGAGGGAGAAUGAAGAGAACAGGGUUUUAACGAGUGCCUGAUUUUAGCUCAGUUCUUGUGGUAACAAUCUUCUGUCAGGUACCCCUCAUGAUUUUCAAGGUCAUCCUUGUCCACUGUAAUUCAUUGGACAUAAGCUAAUGGCCAUCAGGAUGUCUUGGUGGGUUAUAAGGAGAAUUGGGAACUUCUUGGUGGGAACUGGAAAGUACUUGAGCCUGUCUGCAGUGUCUGCACAUAAGUAUUUUGAUUUCUUCCUAACCUUCCCCUUUUAACAUGCUGGCAUACUGCAUGCAUAGCAUAGGUAUGUGCUAGACUGUUUGUGAGGGCUGCUGCACCAUAUCUAUAGUGAUGCAACCUCCAAGCCAGCCUAGCAGUCCCUACAGCUUCCACCAUCAUUCUUCAUGGGACUUAACAUCUGGCAUGUCCAGCAUGCUCUCACAACACUAGUCAGAAAGGUGACCAAGCAUAAAGCCUUAUCACUCCUCCCCCUACCCUUGUUGACUUCUCCAAUGGCUUGGGCCACUAAUCAAGCACAAGUAAUUUGGGUUAUGGUUAGAACUAUAUCCCUAUAAACCCCACUACCAUUACUUGACUCCAAAUUAAGUAUAAAUUGUUAGUGUGUGUGUGCGCACUUUAUACCUUAGUGCACUUGAAAUCUUUAACAGGCUGUAGAGCCUUAGUUGUUAGUACUGUACUUUAGGAUGAUGUAAGAUUCAUUUUUUUCUUCCUAUUCACCAUAGAGCAAGUAAGAGCACUGCUUUGCAAAAAGAGCUAGCACUAGAAUUACAGUCACACAAAAAUCCUGAGGGGCAACUUUAGCAGAACACAGCCUGACAUAUUUGUUUACUUCUGUUUAUUUGUCAGUAGUUUGUUGAGAUGGAUAUGAAUAUUUUUGUAGUGUUUUUUUUUCUGUGUUUCACUUGUGACACAGUGGACCUUAUGAACACUUGAUAUCAUGAUAAGAAGAGUGGAUGUCAAAGAAGGACGAGAAAGUGGAAGACAGAGAGAGAGAAGGGUUAUACUGGAGAAAUGUUAAGUAGAUGAUGCACAGCCACAGAGUGAAUGAGUAUGACCACUAGUCCAUAAAAUAAUGAAGGUUUAUUAAACAGAAGGAAAAAUACUGGUGCAGCUUCUUGUAUUUGCAGGUGAAGCAACAGAAGUUAAAUAAAAGGCCUUUUCUGUUAGUCCCACAAAGAAUAAAACAGUCUGUGGUAUCAGUUUUGGCACAUUCCAAAGGUGCUCUUCACCAGUUUCCUUCUUUCUGGAUUCGUAAUGGAAAAUGUCCUGGCUUCUUCAAGUGAUUCUGGAAUGUCUUCUCCUUUAUUGCAUCACACGUCCCAGAACUGCUGAUCCAGGCACAGAUGGCAGCCCCCAAGGAGAGGCCAACUUCUCUGACUGACAAGGCCUUAGCCCUCUUUUUUAUACAUCAUUUCAUAGAAUAAUUUCUCAUUGAAAACAAUUCUUGUGGGGAAGCUUCUGUGUAGCUGCCUGUCUUAAAGAGUAGUAUUUAUGCUACAGUACUUUAUUUCAUUGUCACUUUAGUUUUACAAUAUUUUGACACGUCAUAGGGUAAGAACUAUCACGCCAUGUUACAAACACACGCAUGAGCAGUCUCUGAGGUCCCACCAGCUCAUAGAAAAGGAAAAUAUGUACUCUUUUCUCCUAAACAUUAUAUAUAGUUAAGUCCAUCUUGCUCUAUCAGAUGGCAGUAAGCAUAACAAGUGUGAUCGGUACAAGGUGAGGAAUAUCAAAUUGGCCCUAUUAACCAUGAUGCACAUAAUUUUGGGAGCAUUAACUAGACCCUAAUAACCUUUAUACUGCAUGAGGUUUGUUUGUCAAGGUUGUAGUAUAUUGUAAUAUCCUGUGUUCUGCUACACUUCCUUCUUGUUGAACUGGUAUGCUCACAACAGUGAGAGAAUAACAAGAAAGCAAUGUACCUAGUAUGGCACUGGUCUAAUUUAUUUGUAGUUUGGGACUGUGCCUUUCCUGGAUGUUAACCACAUAUGUCAGCUAGAGAAGUGUGAUUUUCAAGGAUUUAAUAAGAAAAUAAAUAAUAUAAUUUACUGUUUUUGUACUCUGCUUACCUGUUCUGAACCCCAGGAAGUUAAAGUGAAAAGAAACUAAACUUUGUGGUUGCUGUACAUAGCCUAUCCAAGUUGUAGAACACUAACAUGCUACUGCCGGAGUUUAUUCUUGCACAGUAUUAUCAAAGCAGUAGUAAAAUGAGGGAAAAAAGAACCAUUCAUUUUAUUGUGAUUUACCAUAAGUUAUUUUUCGUUGAAUGUUUUGUUUUGUUCUGUUCUGUAGUGGAUACAAAACAUUGCUUGUGCGUAUCCAUCAUUUGUCAUGGAAUACAGACUGGAUCUACUCUUUUCUGAAUGGUUUGUAAGUCAUUCCCUGCUGUAUGAGAUUUCUGUUGUAAUAUGGGUGCUUAUUUUAUUUUUUUCUAAGUAGAAGAACUGACUAAUGUUAUGUUGCAGUCCUUUUACAAUAAACUGAAAAACACGAUUCUCAUACUACAAAAGAUAUGUUGAGGAAAUGUAGCUGUUUUCUGUAUUACAUACAAGUAAUCAAACACCAUAGAUCUUAAAUUCUAUUUCACAUUUUUGGAUUUAGUUACCAUGACACAUUGUCCACCUCCUAAAAUAAUGUAAACAUAUUGCUUUAAUUGACUUGGAAAAACACCUGUUAAAAUAAUUUUGAACAUAUUUUAAGGUACUCUCAUUAUCUGAAAUAUUUUUGAUUGUCAGUGCAUACCCUGUGUCUUAGAGAUAUGUGUUUUCUGUAGUCUUUUGCCAACUGUUUAAUUAACACUAAAGUUCUUCCUUGCUAUUAGAAGAUCGUUGAAAGUAUCAAAAAAAAAGAAAAAUAUAUAUAUCAGAUGAGGAGUGUAGAAGCCUAACCUUGCCUGCAGUAGCAGGUAAGGUGGGGAAAAGUAGAGUUUCACUUGAUUUUUUGCUGUAACUUAGUACCUCAUUUUUGGGGCAGCCAGUCUUCAUUGUGCUGCUAAACAUUGUGUUUUUCUGCUUGCUUUCUGUGAAGACACAGAUAAGGGAAGGACAUCAGUGCAAGUAAUAAUUUCAGGUACACAAAUGCCUUCAGUCACAUUGUGACCUUCAGAUGUAGUCACAACACAUGUAUCCCAUUUCUUUAAGAGGGAUUUCUGCCAGCAGAUUGGUUCAUUGCCAGAUCUAUACCAUCAGAAUAAUAACACACUGUAGCCAUUGUAACUUUAAGCCAUUCAGUUCUGUAGUACCCUACACAGAGACCAUUUAAUUAUAUGCAUUAGUAGACUCCACUGAUCCUGCUGGGGAAGCAUGGCAGGUUAUAGAAGAUACAAUACUCCAUCUUGGAGAAGUUCUAGCUUAAUUUCAGCCAUGCAGCAAAAAGCAGCUCUCAGUUUCAUGUAAAAAUGCAUAAAGCCUAGUCGGUACUUAUGUAUUAUCGCAGCCACCUUGCAAAAGUGGUCCGACAUAAACAUACACCGGUUUUGGCAAAUGCCUCCAUCAGUAUAAUCAGUGUGUUUGACAGUUGAUGGUGGUUGUGAUUAUACUGAUGAAAGCGUUUGUCGAAAAUGUCUAACCAUAAUCCUGUUUAACUAGAAAUUUUUUUCCUUCUGCAAUUCCGGUUUAAAAAAAGUGCCAUUACUAAUCAACACCCAUUGAGACUGUAAAUCAGGGUACCCUUUAAACAGAGGAACCCCACAUUCACACUAUGCCUAGAGAUGAGGGUGUUUUAACAUAUGUGCAGCAGUCAUCUGGAGUAGCAUGUCAGUAAGCAAUAGUUGCUUACUGUGAAGGACCCAUGAAUAAGAAAUAUAACUGAAAUACAUCAAAAGUAUGAAGUAAGUCACUUAUGAAAUAAACUAAAAGGGUUGCACUGCAGGUCAGAAAGUGAUUUCACUUCAGUUGUAUAUUUGCUGCAUUUCAGGUGUGUAACACUGGCACUUUGCUUAAACUAGAAUUACUCUACCCCAUAAAAAGAUGACAGAAAGAGGGCACGAAAUAAAAAUUGCAUUUUCUGACAUGAAAGAAGCCCAUAACUGUAGUCGUAGUCAUUAUUUGCUAACCACAAUGUGUAACUGUGGCCCAUGGAAGGAGUCAUACAAACAACGGGCUGUCGAGAAAGCGUGGUUGCAAUAAUACGCAAGUACCACCUAGUCUGUUAGUUUCACAUAUGGUUGGGGAAAGAAAGCAGGACCAAAUGCCAAUGGAUAUCUAUGCAAAGCUCAUUGACACUACCAAGUUCCACUGCACCGCCUUUAAGUGGAGUACCCACCAAAACUAGAAUGUUGGAUUGUAGUGCCUAGCAGGGUGAGAGUAUGAUAUGAUGAGCAAAAUUAUGCAUUUAUUGUUAAGACCAUUCAACCCCAACCCAGGGUCAUAAAUCUUUUAAAGUACUUUGCUUUUCUUAUUGAACACUAACUGUGUUACUUAAUGUGUUUUUUUUCCUAUUUUGUAAAAAAAAAUAAUGCAGUAAUAACCCUGAUAGUAUUAUGAAUAGAAAAAGUAAUAAUAUUAACUUUCCUUGUGCUGUAUUUGUAUCAUUAGCUACUUGUGUAAAGUGUUGAUCCUUUCCCAGUGGUUUGUAAAACUGUCUCAAAUAAAAUAUUUUAUAUUCACUCA